GCACAUUAUGUCGACUAAGAUGGUAUGGAAAACACAAUCGUGUCGGUUAUGUCGGUUAUGCUAACUAAGAACUCAUAGGCGUACUGGGACAGCCGAAGAGAGCAAGGUCUUUUCGACUCUUCCCAAUAUAAGAGCAUGGACGCUGCCGUCGAUGUGGUUCCCUGUGUGAACGGAAUCGCCGAGCUCCAAGCCGGCGACCCGCUCUACACGUUCAAGUGCAGCAAGCUCGACCUGUACGACUUCAAGUCCCACGCCGACCUCGGCAGCAACGGCGGCGAGGGUGCCGGUUCGUGGGGUUGGACCAGCCCGGACGGCCGCGAAUUCGUGGCUGUCGCGCAGUCCGACGGUUCCGCAUUCGCCGAGAUCAGCCCCGAGGGCAAGUUCAUCUACCUCGGCCGACUACCGCAGUACUCGGCCGCCCAGCCGUCGCUCUGGCGUGAGAUCAAGGGCUACAAGAACUACAUCGUCAUUGGUAGCGAGGCCAACAACCACGGUAUCCAGGUCUUUGACAUGUCUAAGCUCCUCGACAUCGACCCUGCUAAGCCUAUCACAUUCGGCGACGAUGACAUCUCCCACUUCAACGGCCUUCCCUCUGGCCGUUCCCACACUGUCCAGACUAACGAGGAGGUCGGCUAUGCUGUCGCCUCUGGCGCACAGCCGCGCACCUCUGCUUGCGCUUCUGGUCUCAUUUUCAUUGACUUGUCUGACAUGUCCAACUUGACUUCCCCCGGAUGCGCCGCCGCCGACGGCUACGUGCACGAUGCUCAGUGUCUGAUCUACCGCGGUCCGGACGAGAAGUACGUGGGCGAGGAUAUCUGCUACGGAUACAACGAGGACACCUUGACCAUCUACAACGUGACGAGCAAGGCGAAUCCGACCAUCAUUUCGCGCACCUCGUACGAGGGCGCCAGCUACACCCACCAAGGUUGGGUCCUCGAUAGUCAGUGGCAGCAGUACCUCGUCCUAGACGACGAAUACGACGAGUACGACAAGGCUGGCCUAGGCGCGCCAGGAUACCCCAUCACCUACAUCUGGGAUAUUUCCUCGCUAGAGGCACCUAAGCAGACCGGUUACUACAAGGCUUCUCGUAAGGGAAUCGACCACAACCAGUUCGUCAACGGCGACUUCGUGUACCAGAGCAACUACGGCGGUGGUCUCCACAUCCUCGACAUCUCAUCCAUUCCCUCCGACCCCACCGGUAAGGGCGUCACCGAGGUCGCCUACUUCGACAUCUACCCCGAGGACGAUGACGAGGAGGGCGGUGGCCAGGUCGAGUUCCAGGGCACUUGGUCUCACUACCCCUACUUCAAGAGCGGCUACAUCUUGAUCAACACGAUCGAGCGUGGAGCCUACAUCGUUAAGCUAUCCUCGUAAGGAAGUAAUUGUAUUUAUCUAACUUAUAACGAAGUCAGAGAAUACUUAAGAUGCCAUAGUGAUAUAGACAUGAAUUUAUAAAAUACCUCAUAGCAAG